ACUUUGAUUGAUAGCUAAAUUAAGACUUAACCUAAAGGUCUUAGUUACCAGGUCAUCAAAUCUUUAAAAAAAAAUGAUAUUUGAUAAACUCAAAUAGACAUUCAUUCAAAAUAAUCUAAAUAUUAAUUAAUUAAAUACUCUUGGAUUUAUCUUUCAACAUUUGGAUUGAAUAUGUAUACGGAAGUAAUUCAUCAUUAUUCACGUUAAAGUUUCUUAAUUAAAAAAAAAACUGUAUGUGUCGAUAAGCAGUAAAACAUUUCAGUAUGUCUAUUCCUCCAGUUGAUUACAGUGUUCCACCUCCGCCAAUUCCGAGGCUUCCAGUUAAUAUUCCGUUACCACCCCACCCACCCCCGCCUAUCUUUCCGAGAGCAAUGCCUUUAUAUACCAGACCGCCACCAGUACUUCCGAUGCUAUCAGUACCGCCAGUACCAUACCCUCAUUCACGCAUGCCUCCAGCUCCUGUUCCACAGUUACCUGUACCCAACUUUAUGCCCACCAUUGAUAUACAUUCUGUCCCUCCACCACAUCCAGUAUCUUCCUACCAAGCAUCCAAAUCGCACAGAGAUACUAAUGAUUAUCUACCGUGGAAUUACAAAACAUCCAAUAGCUUGAGUAAUACGAGUUCUGGUAUAACUAGAAUAGAUCAUGGUUUGUGUGGUACAACAUAUAAAAAAAAAGAAAUCUAUCGAAAUUCGAGAGAACCAUCAAGACAUAGCUAUUCUCCCCAAAGAGGGCAUUCUCCUUUUAGGGGACAGUCCCCUCACAUAGGACAUUCUCCACAUGGAUAUUCUGAUAGGAGCAGGAGGGAGAGGGAUAGAGAUAGAGAACAGAGGAAUCCGACAAGUCAUAGUCCUAGAUAUUGCUCUAGAAGUCCACCAAGAUACAGUUCAAAAUUAAACAGAAGUCCUUCUCGAUAUAGCUAUAGAGAAAGAGAGAAAGAAAGAUAUUACAUGGAGAGAGAGAAAAAGUAUUAUGAAGGAAGACGAGAAUAUGGUAGAAGAAAAUAUGAAUAUGAUGUUCGCCGCAGUGAAUCUCAAUACAAAGAUUAUAGAAGCCACAGUAGAUGUGAAGGUAGGGAUAGAUCACCAAGCAGAAGGGCGCAUUCUCCUAGUAGGGAGUCCAAUAGAGAAAGUCUGACGAGAGAAAUGUCACUUCACCGACAAGAAUCACUUUUAGGCAAACCAAUGACAGAUCGUGAAAAGAUUUUGGAAGAAUAUAGGAAAAACUACUGUAGAACUUCUGAAGAUUUUAUACAGAAAAUGGAACAGUGGUCGAAAGAACAUCUUUCUGAAGGAGAAGAGUCGUCAAUGUGGUAUAGGAGUUCACCAGCUGAGCUCUAUUACAAAGAAGUCCAAAAUGGUGAGGGAGUCGAACAAACUUUAAAACUGCAGAAACUUUGUGAAGUAUUCAUGAAGAAACUCAUUGAGAGGGGACGUAAUGCAAGGCCUGAGGUUGAUGAGCUCCCACCCUUAAAGCCACCUAAAUCGAAAAUGUGCAAACAUAAACUUGAUGAAAAAAGCUCAUCGUCGUCAUCAUCGUCAUCAUCAUCAGAAAGUGACGGAUGUUUAGAUGAAGAGGGCUUGCAGGGCUAUAGUGAUAGGAUAAUGCUAGAGCUACAGCGGAAACAGAGUCAUCCCAGGAGAUUGCACCCUGAAAUGUGGUUUAACAACACCGGCGAAAUGAACGGCGGUCCGUUGUGUCGGUGUAGCGCCCGAGCCCGUCGUCACGGCAUGCGGCACGGCGUCUACGCCGGCGAGGAAUCAUUCCCGAAAUGUAUUCCUGAACGAAGCAAUAUCGACAAACUGUAUCAUUAUCGUAUAACCGUGUCGCCUCCUACAAACUUUUUAAUCAAAGCACCAACGAUCAUAGCUCACGACGAACACGAAUUUCUAUUUUCUGGCUUCUCAUUGUUCUCGCACUACAAACUUGCCAAGUUGCCCAUGUGCAAAGUCAUAAGGUUCAAUAUUGAAUACACAAUUCUAUAUGUGGAAGAACCGGCACCAAGAAAUUUUACCAUACAAGAAUUAAGUCUAUUCGAGGAAUUCCUAUUUACGGAGUUACUAGAGUUGAUUGAUUUGGACCUGGGAAAAGCCACGGAUACAACAUGUUCACAAUUCCAUUUUAUGCCUCGAUUUGUAAGAUUUUUACCUGAAGGAGGAUGUGAGGUACUCUCAAUGUGUGAAGUUAUAAAGUAUUUGAUUGACGAAAGUGGUUUACUGAUACCGAUGGAAAAGUUGAGUGACGUACAUGAAAUGGAUCACUACACCUGGCAAAAGUUUGUUGAUAAAAUCAAAGGUAUGAUAGUGACUUACCCCGGUAAGAAGCCGUGCUCGGUGCGCGUGGACCAGCUCGACCGAAGUCCGCCGACGGGCUCCGAAGCCGUUAAGAACCCUAAAGCAUUGAAGAAAUACUUCCCUGAAAUCGUACACUUUGGUAUACGUCCGCCGCAGCUCAGUUACGCUGGCAACCCCGAGUAUCAAAAAGCAUGGCGUUAUUACGUUAAAUACCGCCAUUUAAUAGCGAAUAUGGCGAAGACUUCUUAUAAGGAGAGACAGAAAUUAGCCGCUAAAGAGGCUAAGCUGCAAGAGAUGCGCACUCAGUCUAAAAUGAAAAGGGACGUGACUGUCGCUAUAUCGUCGGAAGGGUUCCACACUACCGGACUCAUGUGUGACGUCGUGCAGCACGCGAUGUUAAUACCGGUGUUGGUGCGUCACCUCCGGUUCCACAAGUCGCUCGAAAAACUCGAGAAGAAAAUCGGUUAUGUUUUUAAGCAACGAGCAUUGCUCCAGACUGCAUUAACUCAUCCAUCGUAUAGAGAAAACUUUGGUACCAACCCUGACCACGCCAGGAACAGUCUCACUAACUGCGGUAUACGACAACCGGAGUACGGGGACCGAAGAAUACAUUAUACAAGAAAGAAGGGCAUAGUAACACUCAUCAAAAUAAUGUCCAGUUUCGGGAAAAUCAGUGAGACAGAAUCAGAGAUUAAGCACAACGAACGUUUGGAAUUUUUGGGAGAUGCUGUAGUGGAAUUCUUGUCUUCGAUUCAUCUUUUUAAGAUGUUUCCUGGGCUGGCAGAAGGAGGACUCGCUACUUACAGAGCUGCCAUUGUACAGAAUCAACAUUUAGCGCAACUUGCUAAGAAUAUAAACCUUGAACAAUUCAUGUUGUACGCCCACGGUUCGGACCUGUGUCGCGACGUAGUGAUGCGACACGCGAUGGCGAACUGCUUCGAAGCUCUCAUGGGCGCAUUGUUUCUCGACGCUGGACUUGAGGUAGCGGACCGAGUCUUCUCUUUGGCAUUGUGGCACAAUGAAUCGGAGCUGCUUGAAGUUUGGACGAAGGAAAGAGCACAUCCAUUACAAGAACAAGAACCUUUAGGCGAUAGGAAAUAUAUAAAAGACUUCGAAUUCUUACAAAAAUUGACCGACUUCGAAGAAUCUAUAGGGGUACAGUUCAAACACAUACGUUUGUUGGCUCGUGCGUUCACGGAUCGCUCAGUCGGCUUCACUCUCCUCACGCUCGGAUCCAACCAGCGCUUAGAGUUCCUCGGCGACACGGUGCUCCAGCUGGUCGUGUCCGAUCGACUGUACAGACACUUCCCUGAUCAUCACGAAGGCCAUUUGUCGCUGUUACGGUCGUCUCUGGUCAACAACAGAACACAGUCUAUGGUUUGCGACGAUCUGAACAUGUCUGCGUACGCCAUAUACAAUAAUCCUAAAGCGAAACCGACCACAAAGAAACAUAAGGCUGAUUUACUCGAGGCUUUCUUGGGAGCAUUGUUUAUUGAUAAGAACCUGGAGUACUGUCAGGCGUUCUGCAACGCGUGUCUGUUUCCGCGCCUGCAGCAGUUCAUCAUGAACCAAGACUGGAACGAUCCCAAGUCUAAAUUACAGCAGUGCUGCCUCACGUUGCGGUCCAUGGAGGGGGGCGAGCCGGACAUACCAGUCUACAAAGUAAUCCAGUGUCUGGGACCUACGAACACGCGAGUGUAUACUGUGGGCGUGUAUUUCCGCGGGAAGAGAUUGGCGGCCGCACGCGGACACUCCAUACAGGAGGCCGAGAUGAACGCGGCCGAAGAAGCCUUGAAUACUGCAUACGGUUUAUUCCCGCAAUUAGAUCACCAGAAACGUAUAAUAGCGAAGAGCGUACGUAAGAAGAAGGGGGAUCGCGAGGAUCCGUCCGAGAAUAGUUCGCACGGAAUGCACGACGACAACGUACCGAAAGCUUACAGGCUCGGCAGCAAACCUGACAGUUCUGAUGAAAGCAGCGUCCACAGCGGAUCCGAGGAUCCCGAGGAUCCCGAGUCGCCGGCCAAAUCGGACGAGGACAGCGGCCUAGACAGCGACACCGAGUCGGAGCUGCCGGGCAAACUCAAAAACGUCCAAGUCAGCAGUCUGCUCAGCGACAUGGAGAAAAUAAAACAGGAACUCAUCAAGAACAACGAGUAUGAGAAACUCAAGGAGAAAUGCAGACGGUCCGACUCAGAUGAAGAAUGAAACGAAUAGAAUUUUAAAAAAACAUACACACACACACCGACAGACAGACACACACACUAAGACACAGGCGCACGCACACACGCACGCGUUGAUUUGUGUUUUAAGAAACGUAUCUGUAAUGUUUACUCCAAGCAAGUUCUUUCAUCGAACAAGUUUAUUUAAAUUUAAAUAGGCAACUUUUGUUCGUAGCUUUUGAGACGUUUGUAAUUAUUGCAUUAUUUAUGCAUUAUUUACUGCCGAUAUUAAGCAUAUCCACAUUAAAAAAAAACUCCAUCGAUAAAUCAUCCCAGAAAACAUAAUUACUGGUUUGUUAUAUUUGAAAAUAAUUGUAAUUAUAUGUAACGUUUAUACGUAAAGUCUUCGUUAAGCGUUUUGCGUCUCUGUAUAUGUAUUAUAAGUUCUUCAAUCUGUGUAGGUUUUAUUAAAAUAAUAUUGUGAUUGUACGGUUUGUACAUACCUAAAUAAUACGUGGACACGCCGUGCGUCGUCAUUGUGGUGUCAGGUUAUUUUAUUAUAUUAUUAGAGCAGUGCACUUAGCAACACGCACUCGUUAAGACGUUACCAUCUGUGCUUAACCGACAUAAUAAAGGUGCUCAAACAACACACUAACUCUUUGGAACUCAACAAACUUCCCCUUGGACCCCAACAGUGAUCAUAAAAAAAUUCUAUACAUUUCUGACUACAAAAAUGUAUCAGCCCCCAUAAAUUUCCUGCUAAUUUCUUUUUGUUAAUUUAGAAAUAGUUGUACCUACGAUUCCUUGACUUGGUUAGCAUCAUUCAUCUACCAUUUAAUGGUCGAUAGAAGCCGCUACAAUUUUAAUAUUUUUACCUUUAGAUGUAAGCUGUAAAUUAUAUUGUCAGUAAUAAGAUUAAGCGUAGAUCUUGUGAUUAUGCGUAAUGCAAUAUGUUGUUAUAACGAGUAUUCCUUUGUAAAGAAAAAAAUACUGUGGAGUGUAGAGGUAAGGAUAGCUUUUUUUAAUUUUUGGUAGUAGGUGGUAUGGUGGUAGGACCUCUUGUAAGUCCAGACGGGUAGGUACCACCGCCUUGCCUAUUUCUGCCGUGAAGCAGUAAUGCGUUUCGGUUUGAAGGGUGGGGCAGCCGUUGUAACUAUACCUGAGACCUUAGAACUUAUAUCUCAAGGUGAGUGGCGCAUUUACGUUGUAGAUGUCUAUGGGCUCCAGUAACCACUUAACACCAGGUGGGCUGUGAGCUCGUCCACCCACCUAAGCAAUAAAAACAAAAAAAAAACAAUUUUUUUUUUUUUUUUAUAUGAACAUUCGAUCUCACGGCCACCUGAUACUUAGAGACUACCGGAGCUCAUAACAUCAUAACGAUUAUCAUACUUCAUUUGUAUUGCUGUCAUACUCUUAAAACCGGAACUUAUAUAAAUUAAAGGUAAAUUACAAUUUUAGAACAUAUCUAUGGAGGGCAAAUGGUUAGAACUAUCUAAUAUCGGGAACAAGAUGAAAAAGCUACUUAAAGCAGCGAAUUAUAACUCAAAAAGCUACCAAAACAGCGCUAAUGUAGCAAGUGGUUUGAUAUGAAUGUUGCAGUCAUAGAUAAGACAUAUAAACAGACAGGUUGCAGUUCUAAACAGAGUCAAGUGUGCCGAGUUGAAAAGUUUAGUAUAGUUAACAAAUGUUGGGGUUAUCUUUAAAAUUACCUCACUUGUUACAGUGGCGCCCCCUAAUUGGUAGCUUUUUGACGGACAUUCUUACAUAUACAAAACGAUUGGGCUCCUUACCUUUCUACCAUCCGUAGAAGUUGUUAAAAUGACCAAGACCGAUGCUAGUCAUAUUCAUAUUUAAAACCAUAGUAAUAAACGAAGCGGCAAAGUAAUCUUUAAAAAAUCCCGUCAUUAAAUCGAACAGCAAUCGCAAUCGCAAAUCGAUCGCAAUUGUUCGUGUGUCUGUACUAGACAUAGUUGUUAAUAUUUGGUUGAUUCAAAAAGUGAAUUUGUUGGAUAUUGCCUUAAAAGAUUUUAUGAAUUUUUUUAAUGAUUACAGGAACAGUUGUGAUUGCAAAUAUUUUUUCAUACAUAUUUUUCAUUGUUAUUUUUACACAAUAUUGUUUAUUAAUUCCGCUAUAAGAGUAGAUGUUGGUUAUAAAACCAUGGCCAUAAAACUCACUGUAAAUGCUGCCGUCCGCCUUGACAUAUAAGGUCGAAGUCUCAAUGGUAUUGUAUCACGGAUGUGCCACUCUUCAAAUCAGAAUGUAAAUUGCUUCCAACCGACAGAAAUAGCAACAUUGUUACACAUGUUUCUUUUAUUUUGUAACAUCAUUUUCAAGAAUGAUUUUAUUGCGUACCCACAAUAAAUCUCAACCUUUAUGUAUAUAUUUCACAAAAAAGGCUAUCAAUUAAUAAAAUUGUAAUUAAUAAAA